CUCGUCUGUUUCCACUUCCUCUCCAUAUUUCCUCUUCCACAUCAACACGAAGAAUUUAUUUAACAGCCAGCAUUGAAGUAAGAGCCUCACAGUCUGUCUCCUGGUACGCGUUAGCGCGUGGAUGCGCCAAGGCCAAUAAGCACCCCUGCACACGACGGGCGAGAGAGAAUUGCAGGUUAACACACUUCCGAAUCAAACGUUGCGAGAUUGUGCCCUUUGUCGCGUCAAGUGACCGUAAUCUGCAACCUGUUGUUUAGUAGGCUCAUCUAUCGUGCAAUCAGAGGAGCGACCAUGACCACGAAAAAUAGGCGCUCGGUUUGGCAAAAAGUUGCCAGCGUCGCGUUACCUCAGGUCUGCAAGCAUAGAUGAUAGACUCUAGGGCCAAUGGGCCUAAAGAGAAGCAGAAAGGGGGAUUUGAGAUCGUUGUUACUGUGAGUAAGUUAAACUACAAGAAAAAUGUCAUCCUAGACACAUUGAAUGGGUGAAACCUUGGCAAUAGAAUCUCGUCUACAAACAUUCCUGUUUCGGAAAUCCACAUCAGAGUCGUGGUUCUCGCUCACGCUUCUCGAAAUACUCAAAGAAGAAGCGCCAGAUCUCGUCUCUCAUCUAUCAAAGCCAAAAUUUCCGUACAUGUCACUGUAAAUGGGUAACGCGAGUUCAGCCCAAGCAUUGCGAACAAUAAACGUCUGAGUGGUCCGGUUCCUCGUUCUUAGCAGUCAUAAAUCCACUUCAUAGUGUCC